UUUGCACAAGAUCAACAAACUGUUUCUCAAUCAAACAUCUAUAAUAUACAAAGUAACAUAAGCAAAUCCCUAAACGAACACAUAUACUCUUGAAAAGAAUCGUUGUAGUUUUUGUCACGCCAGAAAGAAAAGCGUUAGAUUAAUUAUAGAACCAAACAAUGGCUCUUGCUUCCUCACAGCAAAGUUUUUUGACCAAUACCUUGGUUUCAUCAAUUGCAAUCCACAGACCAAAAUCCAUGAGCAUUUCAUCUUCAUCAACAAUAGUUUCAUCAAAAUCAUCUUCUAACAACAACCAAAAUGAUCCAUCAUCAUCACCAACUAGAAAUGAGAAACAUAUGAAAUUGGCGAAAAUCGCUUUGGUAGCAUUAGCAGCGGGAGCAUUAACACUUGGGUCAGUUCAUGAUGAGGCGUUGGCGGCAAAGUCGGGAGGUAGAAUUGGUGGCCAAGCAUUUAGACCAUCGGCACCUCGGCCUUCGGCCCCUAGAAUCAGUAAUUCGAGAAGGACAAACAUUUACGUCAACCCUCCAGUAGCGCCACCACUCGGUGGAUAUGGUUACGGAUACGGUGUCCCAUACUACGGCGGAUGGGGAUGGUCACCCUUCUCGUUUUUUGCACCGGGUCCAGCUGUAGCUGUUGGAUAUGGUGGAGGAUUUGAGCUUUUUGGGCUGUUUAUGUUUCUGGGUGCAGCAGCUGCUGUGGUUAGGAGAUUCAGUCGAUCAUCAAGGAACGACGAUGAGGAUGAUGAUUAUUAAAGUUUGGUCGCAACACAUUUUGUUAAUUCCAUUUAGUGAUAUAUAGAUUUUCAGACAGUUUUUACUCCCAAUGUUAUGUGAUAUUAUACGAGAAAUUGUAUACUGAGAAGUUUCUUCUAGAUGUUGUAUUAGAAAAGUUCAUGUGAUUAUGCAUCAAAAUUACAAAACAAACGCAGUGUUAGAAAUAAAAUCUUUAGUUAACAAA